AAACUACACCGUAUUAAAGUACGUAGUAUUAUACACUGAAACUACAUAGAUCUGAGUAAUGUACCUGACUGAUGAGUCUAUCUGACAUCUUAAAGCCUUCAAACCAUCACAUUCCGCUUGAAGUUGAAGCCCACACUUUGAUCUGGGAUUUUUCUCAGAUAGAACUGUAAAGAUUCGAUUUUUAAUCUGAUUCAAAUAGUUCGAGGUCGUUAAUUCCAAAUAAAGGGUUUCUUCUGCACUACUACUGGAUGAAGCUAGGGGGUUUAGGCUUGUAAAUGACAGUUCAUUGAAGAAAGUACUGAUUUUGGCCAUUUGGGAAAUGGGGCUUUCUUGAAACUUGAAGCUCAAUCAAGAGGGAGAGUUAAUCUGGCUACCGGUAAAGAAAGGCGCAAUCUUUGAGGCGUAAAAAUGUUUCAGCUGUUGCUAUUACUUCUGUGCUCCGAGGGUUUGGUGGCUUUCCUUCUAGUGGUGAAGAUUGGGCCUUUAAGGGAGCUGGUGAUGAAUGGGCUGGAUCAGCUGAAGACGAUGAAAGGGACUGUUUUGACCAUUGCAGGUGUUUUUUGUGCUAUCCUCUUAUCCCACUUUUUUAGCAUUGUGAGGAUCCAAAACAAGGGUGCUAAGCUUGGUACCAUGACGCCUAUGGAUCAAGUACUUUGGAGGACAAACUUGUUGGAAGCCACUCUCAUAGGAUUCUCCCUAUUUCUUGGUUUCUUGAUUGAUAGAAUCCAUCUCUAUCUGCGCGAAGCAAUUUCAUUGCAAAGCAGCAUUGGGACUUCAAAGACUGAAGUUGAAAAGCUUGAGAAAGAAAAGAUGCAGUUCAAUGAAAAGGCACAGAAGUCCGAAGAGGAAGUAAAGCAACUCCAGAAAGAAAUCUCAGGUUUGAAGGAUGAAGUAAAAAGGGUAUGCAAAGAGAAUGAGGAAAAGGUUAAAACGGCAGAAGAUCAUGUUAAUGCUCUUCAAAAUCAAUUCGCUGGACUUCUUCUGGAAUAUGACCAUCUAUUAGAAGUGAACCAAGAACUUCAGAAACAAGUAGAUGGUAAACAGUAUUAAGGAUUGGGGCUAACAAGGAAAUAGAACUCUGCCCUGGCUAAUCUAGAUCCUGUUUUUGUUAAUCCAAAACUCAAUUCCUGACAUCUGCUAGCAGAUCAUUAUUUUAAACCUAUUUGGAAAUUCAAUCGGAAUGUUUGAGAAGUUAUUUUGUGGUCUUGCCUUGUUAUGUUAUUUGAGUUUUUACUUUUAAACCAACUAUGGAAGUUUUAUUCUUUACUCUCUUGUCACACGUUGAUAUACCAGAAUGUCAAUGAUUGAAAUAAAAAACAAUGUAGUAGAAAUAAUAAAAAUAUCUUAUGAUGAUAUUUAA